AUGAAAAAUGUAUCUGUCGAUACUCACCGUAAAUUUUUGAAAAUAAAUUUUUUUGUACUAAGAUACACUGGAAUUUGGCCGCUCUUACCGUCAGCUAAAAUCGGCUGGAAAAUAUUAAAUAUUUUUUACAAAUAUUUCAACUUGAUAGCUUACAUUUUUUAUUUAAUAACUGUAGGGGCUGACGCGCUGGCCAAUGUCACUGAUUUGACGAUAUUUGGUUGCGACGGCUGCUUUUUUUUUGGGACAAGCAUGAUGGUGUAUAAAUCCUACAAAUUUUCGGUCCGGCAAAAAGAGAUUACAAAACUCACUGAUGAAGUCUACGGACCUAUAGAUAUUCUUCUACAAUCUUCAGACCGUGGAAUAGUGAUAAACAUAAAAAGACAAUUGUUCUAUGAAACAAUACAACUCUACAGUCUUUAUAUAUCAAUAGUAAUUACGACAUUCGCCUUGAUAUUUUUAGUCCCUCGUGAAAAGGGUCUCUUACCAAUCCGAGCUAUCUAUCCCUUUGAUACAACCGUUUCGCCCAACUAUGAACUAACAAUUUUCUAUCAGUUUUACUGUGUGGCCUACAUUCUGCUGAUGGCGUUGACGGUCGAUUCUACAAUGAUUGGACUUAUGAGAUGGCUGACGAUUCAAGUCCUUGCACUGACCAACAAUUACAAGAAUUGUGACAGCAAAUUAACGAAACGCGCUGGUUUAAUUUCCCCAGAUGAAUCUUAUAGAACUUUUUCGGAAAUAAACCUCUUAAAAAUUAAGGAUCAAGAGAAUUUAAUAUGCAAAUUUUUAGCUUUUAAGGAGCAAGAGAUCAAAGACUGCAAUGAUAAUUUCACCGGGAGAUUCAAAACCUGCAUCAGAAACUAUGAAAGAAUUAGAAAAAUAGUUAACAAUGUCAAUACGACUUUUAGCGUUUUUCUGUUAAUUCAGUUUGCAACCAGCUUAUUAAUCAUUUGUCUGAACGGUUUCAUGAUAAUACUGGCUGACACACUGACGCACAAUCAAUGGAUGUCGGGAUGGGAAUGCGCAUAUGAGAGGAAUAAUAAUAAUGAAUUGAGCAAUCUUGUAACAACCUCAAUGAUACCGACAUUGAAGCCGCUGCAAUUUAAAGCAGGAGACAUGUUUGCCCUAUCAAUGCCGACUUUUUUGAUGAUUGUAAAAAGCUCCUAUUCUACACUUGUACUUUUGACUACAGUUGUCGCUGAUGGAUAA